UCUUCUUUGAUUCUCAUUUCUUCCUCUGACUCUAGCUGAAUCCAGGCCAACUCCUAACACAUCCUGUCCUGUACCUGAUCCCACUGAUUCCACCUUAGCUGCACCUGGAACAAUCUAUGAAAAUAAAAGUCUGUAUAUUUCUCUUAUUCUAGAAAAUAGAAACCUCAGAUGUGCCUAUGGAAUAGGGAUGAAUUAAAAACAUUUUUGAAAGCUGCCGGAAGCAAACUUGUGGUGGUUGAAUUCUCAGCAAAAUGGUGUGGUCCUUGCCAAAAGAUUUGUCCUCUUGUUCAUGCAAUGUCUCUGCAGUACCGAAAUGUAAUGUUUGCUAAUGUGGAUGUGGAUGAUUCUCAGGACUUGGCCCAAAUUUAUCAUGUCAAAGCCAUACCCACAUUUCAGAUGUUCAAGAAGGCCCAGAAGGUAACCUUAUUCUCGAGACUCAAAAGAGCAUUUUGCUGUAAUGGAAGUGGAUUCAUGAGCAAGCCGAUUUUUGAAUUUUGUGGAGCUGAUGCUCAAAAAUUGGAAGCGAAGAUUCAAGAACUAAUGUAAGCCGAUCUCCAAGAUAAAAUACAUUUGCAACAUUUUAAAAG